AUGUCUCUAUUCCUUCCUCGCCACGGCCAGACACCGAAGAUACUGGGGCUGCUGCGGCUAGUGACAAUCCCACCCAUUUUUCCCGGAAGCAUCUAUCAAGUUAGCCCACAACCGCCAAGGUACCCUAGCGUUGGAGUGGUGAUUCCUACCAGCUUUCACGCUCGCAAUCCACCAACCCUUGAUGUCGUAGACAAUCAGGGGCCAACCUCAGGAUAUGACCGCAAACGCCAUGGUAGCGCAGACACAGAGCAUGAGCUGUCAGCAUCACCUGCAAAGCAGCGAAGGGCGUUUCUGCGGCCAUCCACAUGUCAUGAUUACCAUCAUGAAGAGAGCGCGAGGGAGGCUACCCAAACGGGUCACACAUGCCUGUGCAAGGCAGGUCACACUCUACUGCCUCCAGAGGAGGCGAUGACGCUGGCUUCUGCUGUUGCACUUGAACUCUACUUCCUCCUCAUGCGCCCUUCUACAAUGGACACGCCCACUGCCGGCCCUGGAAGGUAUGGAGGAGGGUCUGGACCACCACACGUUGGCGCGGACUAUGCGGCGAGGAUGAGCGAUCAAGGAGCAAACCGGGCCUGA